AUGAGCAACCAAGCUUACUCCAUGGAUGAAAUAACAGCAGUGAAGACUGAAAAAGGAGUUGGUGGCAAUAAUGGGGGCAAAUGGAAAUGGCGGUGGUGCCUUUCUCAGACUCGAGGCAGCAGCACAGGCAGUAGCAGCAGCAGUGGAGGAGGAGGUGGAGGAGGAGGAGGGCAGGAAUCCCAGCCAUCCCCUUUGGCUCUGCUGGCAGCAGCCUGCAGCAGAAUCGAGUCACCCAAUGAGAACAGCAACAACUCCCAGGGCCCAAGCCAGUGGGGCACAGGUGAGCUUGACCUCACAGCCGCACAACUUUCACAGGGUGCCAAUGGCUGGCAGAUCGUCUCUUCCUCCUCUGGGGCUACUCCUACCUCAAAGGAACAGAGUGGCAACAGUACCAAUGGCAGCAGUGGCAGUGAGUCUUUCAAGAAUCGCACAGCGUCUGGUGGGCAGUCUGUUGUGGCCGCCGCCUCCAACUUACAGAACCAGCGAGUUCUGACAGAACUGCCUGGAGUGAUGCCUAACAUCCAAUAUCAAGUAAUCCCACAGUUCCGAACCAUUGAUGGGCAGCAGCUGCAGUGUGCUGCCACUGGGGCACAAGUGCAGCAGGAUGGUUCUGGUCAAAUACAGAUCAUAGCAGGUGCAAACCAGCAGACCAUCACAAAUCGAGGAAGUGGAGGCAGCAUCAUUGCUGCUGUGCCAAACCUACUCCAGCAGGCUGUACCCUUCCGAGGCCUAGCUAAUAAUGUGCUCUCAGGACAGACUCAAUAUGUGACCAGUGUACCAGUGGCCUUGAAUGGGAAUAUCACCUUGCUGCCUGUCACCUCAGGGACUGCCAUCAGUUCUGCCAGCUUGGUGUCAUCACGAGCCAGUUCCAGCUCCUUUUUCACCAAUGCCAAUAACUACUCAACAACUACUACCACCCACAACAUGGGGAUUAUGAACUUUACCACCAGUGGAUCAUCAGGGACCAAUUCUCAAGGUCAGACACCCCAGAGGGUUAGUGGGCUACAGGGGUCUGAUGCCUUGAACAUCCAGCAGAACCAGACAUCUGGAGGUUCACUGCAAGCAAAUCAGCAAAAAGGAGAACAAAACCAGCAGACACAGCAACAACAAAUUCUUAUUCAGCCUCAGUUAGUUCAAGGGGAACAGGCUCUUCAGGUCCUCCAAGCAGCACCAUUGUCAGGGCAGGCCUUUACAACUCAAGCUAUCUCCCAGGAAACCCUCCAGAACCUCCAGCUUCAGGCUAUUCCAAACUCUGGCCCCACCAUCAUCUGGACACCAACAGUGGGGCCCAAUGGACAGGUCAGUUGGCAAACUCUUCAACUGCAGCACCUCCAAGUUCAGAACCCACAGGCUCAGACAAUCACUUUGGCCCCAAUGCAGGGUGUUUCCUUGGGGCAGACCAGCAGCAGCAACACCACCCUUACACCCAUUGCCUCAGCUGCCUCCAUCCCUGCCGGCACUGUCACUGUGAAUGCUGCUCAGCUCUCCUGCACACCAGGCCUCCAGACUAUUAACCUCAGUGCACUGGGUACUUCAGGAAUUCAGGUGCACCAACUUCCAGGCCUGCCGUUGGCUAUAGCAAAUACCCCAGGUGAUCAUGGAGCUCAACUUGGCCUCCAUGGGGCUGGUGGUGAUGGGAUACAUGAUGACACAGCAGGUGGAGAAGGAGAGAACAGCCCAGAUCCCCAACCCCAGGCUGGUCGGAGGACCUGGUGAGAAGCAUGCACCUGCUCUUACUGUAAGAGUGAGGGAAGGGGUUCUGGGAAUCCUGGCAAAAAGAAACACAAAGGCUGUGGUAAAGUAUAUGGCAAGACCUCACACCUACGGGCACACUUGCACUGGCAUACAGGUGAAAGGCCAUUCAUGUGUACCUGGUCAUAUUGUGGGACGCGCUUUACACGUUCGGAUGAGCUGCAGAGACAUAAACACACGCACACAGGUGAGAAGAAGUUUGCCUGCCCUGAGUGUCCUAAGCGCUUCAUGAGGAGUGAUCACCUGUCAAAGCAUAUCAAGACCCACCAGAAUAAGAAGGGAGGCCCAGGUGUAGCACUGAGUGUGGACACUUUGCCCCUGAACAGUGGGGCAGGUUCAGAAGGCAGUGGCACUGCCACCCCUUCAGCCCUUAUUGCCACCAAUAUGGUAGCCAUGGAGGCCAUCUGUUCUGAGGGAAUUGCCUGUCUUGCCAACAGAAUUGUCCUCAAAGCCCAGCCAUUAAAGCAUUGUCUCUCUUGA